AUGGGGGAUAGCCGCGCCACCGGACGAGAUAACUCGUCUGACGUCCGUUCAAGUCGCGGUGGUUCAACAGCUGCUCAACUAGAUAGCGCUGGCCACCGCGGGAGUCCUCUAAUGGAGGUGGAGGAGGAGGAAAGACGCUCUCCACACGAUCAUGGGGAUCCGUGUGUUCCCGAGAACUUCUUUAAUCGCGUAGCGCAAGGGUUACACGACGAUCUCGAGCAUGAGCGGGACAGGCGUCUCCAACUGGCGGACGCUGUCUUGAAGCAUUGA